UGUUUACUCUCUCACUAACAGCAUGGUUCUGAAGGUUUUAAUUCUGGCUGCUGUUGCAGUUGCCAGCGUCUUGGCAGAUUCUAUUCCAGCUUAUGGCCGUCCUGCUCCAUCCUACCACUCUCCAGCGGGUCCCGCUCAGUACAACUUCAAUUACGCCGUGAAGGACGACUACUCCAAGAACGACUUCGGCCAUCAGGAAAACAGGAAUGGAUACGACACAAAGGGAACCUACUACGUGCAGCUUCCCGACGGCCGUCUGCAGAAGGUGACUUACUACGUCAACGGCGACUCUGGAUACGUGGCUGAAGUAUCCUACCAGGGAGAAGCUUACUACCCACAGCCUGCCAAAGGAUACCCACCGGCUCCUCAGGACGGCUACCAUUAAGACCUUUUUCACCGCUGAUGUUAUCGAAGAUCCAUUUAGUUUUUUGUUAUUAUGUAACUUAUGUUCUAUGGACAUGGCUCUGAUAAAAACGAAUAA